AUGGCUCCCAUCACCAAGGAGGCCGACUUUGUUGUCAUCGGCGGUGGCAGCGGUGGUCUCGGCGCCGCUCGCAGGGCAGCCUCUCAAUUCGGCGUCAAGGCCCUCAUCAUCGAGAGUAAGAGGCUAGGAGGAACCUGCGUGAACGUUGGUUGCGUUCCCAAAAAGGUCACCUUCAACGCCGCCGCCAUCGCCGAAACCAUCCACGAAGCGAAAAACUACGGCUUCAGCGUGCAAGAGACGGCCCCCUUCGACUGGACCACCUUCAAGACGAAGCGUGACGCCUACAUCAAGCGCCUCAACGGCAUCUACGAACGCAACCUCGCCAACGACAAGGUCGAGUACCUGCACGGCUGGGCCACGCUGAAGAGCCAGAACGAGGUCGAGGUGGCCCUGGACGACGGGUCCACGGCGCUCGUCCGCGCGAACAAGAUCCUCAUCGCCACCGGCGGCAACCCCACCGCCCCGCCGCCCAUCCCCGGCGCCGAGCUCGGCAUCAACAGCGACGGCUUCUUCGACAUCGACACGCGACCGAAGAAGGUCGCCGUCGUCGGCGCCGGCUACAUCGCCGUCGAGUUCGCCGGCAUGUUCAACGCCCUCGGCACCGAGACCCACCUCUUCAUCCGCUACGAUACCUUCCUCCGCGCCUUCGACCCCGUCAUCCAGGAGGGCGUCACCAAGGAGUACGAGCGCCUCGGCGUCCACCUGCACCGCCGCUCCAACCUCUCCCGCGUCGAGCGCGACCCGGCCGACGGCACGCUGACCCUCACCUACGUCACUGGCGACGACGGCACCGAGUCCACCGUCUCGGGCGUCGACCACCUCAUCUGGGCCAUCGGCCGCACCCCGGCCAUCCAAGGCCUGGGCCUCGAAAACGCCGGCGUGGAGGUCAACGCGCAGGGCUACGUCGUCGUCGACGACUACCAGAACACCAACGUCCCCCACAUCUACGCCCUCGGCGACGUCACCGGCCGCGUCGAGCUCACGCCCGUAGCCAUCGCCGCCGGCCGCCGCCUCGCCGAGCGCCUCUUCGGCCCGCCCGAGUUCUCCGCCCGGAAGCUCAACUACGACAACAUCCCCUCCGUCGUCUUCGCGCACCCGGAGGUCGGCAGCAUCGGCCUCACCGAGCCGCAGGCCGUCGAGAAGUACGGCCGCGAGAACAUCAAGGUCUACAAGACCAACUUCACCGCCAUGUACUACGCCAUGAUGGACCCGGCCGACAAGGCGCCCACCUCGUACAAGCUCAUCGUGCAGGGGCCCGACGAGAAGGUGGUCGGCCUGCACAUCAUGGGCCUGGGGAGCGGGGAGAUGCUGCAAGGGUUUGGCGUUGCCGUCAAGAUGGGCGCCACCAAGGCCGACUUUGACAGCUGUGUGGCCAUUCAUCCUACCAGUGCUGAAGAGCUGGUGACUCUGAGAUAG